AUGUCGACAGGAACAUUCACGAAGAUACCGGACGAAACAGUUCGUUCGAUAUUUAUCAUACCAUGGCAUCAAUUUUCAAAUAUCUCUUGUCUGUUUUGGUAUUUCUUUGUACAAGUGGUCUGUUACAAGAAGUUGCAGCAAGCUGGUCCGGUGGUUGGAACAACCGUGGCUCGCGUGGACAGAAAUGGAAUGGGCGUGCACUUAACAACGACAUCAGUUCUGUUUCUUACCUUAACUCAAAAAGUCGCCAAUAAAGGGCAGCAACGCAGUUCACGAUUAUCACACGUCAUUUACUUUUGUUUCUCGUAUAUCUGUAACUUACGGCUGGUUAUUUGUGCUAGCGGAUUGUUACAAGAAGCUUCAGCACAUUGGGGCUGGGGUCGUGGCUAUGGACGUUGGCAUGGUUAUGGUGGAUACGGUAGAUACGGUGGAUACGGUGGAUACGGUGGAUACGGUGGAUACGGUGGAUAUGGUGGAUAUGGUGGAUAUGGUGCAUAUUAUGGCGGCUACCCAUACGGUAGCUGGGGUGGAUAUACCUGGGGUCGUUAA